AUGGCAGCCCGAUUGAGCGAGCCACCGAACCAAUGGAGUGUUCUAGCAUUAGAUCGCGGGAGCACGAGCGAUAUGUCAGAAGAGGAGCAAGAUGGAGAUCUUAGCGGCGUGUCGGAUCCAAAUUAUUUUUCCAUUCCACAAGAUUACUUGAAUGGACGUCUGGUGCGAAAUCCUCGAUUUUACGGUUUGGGUGGCACAGCAAUGAUCAAUGGCAUGACUGCUGUUGCACCAUCUCGAUACCUACUUGAUCAGUUAUGGCCUGAGGGAUGGAAAUGGAAUGAUCUGUUUCCUUACAUGAUUAAAAUGCAAAAUCAUUACUGUUAUUACCUGCCAUCAUCGAUAACGGGUAUAUCCGAUGCCGAUUGCCGACAAUGGCAUGGCAAAGACGGUCCUAUAGAUAUUGCUCCGCCAUUAUUUGAGAAGAUGCCUCAACUACUAAUCGAUAUCAUGAGCGAAUGUAAUACAAGUAUUGGAUUCAUGACUGAUUACGAUAAUCCAACGAAUCAAUAUGGCUGUUAUUUUCAACAACAAUUUCGUAAACCAGCGAAUAAAUCUGAUCCACAGUCGCCUACUAUACGCGCUAGUACAUGGGAAGCUUAUUUGCCUGGAGUUGACCGUCCGAAUCUUCGAAUCUUAGAUUCGGCCACUGUUUUGAAACUCGUGUUCAAUGACAAUGAUCCGACGAAAUGUAAAGGAGUGGUGUACGAAUACAAAGGACAGAUCUAUACAGCUGUAGCGAGGAAGGAAGUUAUUCUGUCGGCAGGAGUAUUCAGCACGCCAAAGAUUCUUCAGUUGUCUGGUGUUGGUCCAACAGCAUGGCUUGAACCAUUAGGCGUGAAAAUCGUAGCAGAAAAUUCACAAGUGGGCAAAAAUUUCCUUGAUGAGAUGGCACUCUUUACGGCUUUUGAAACUACUGAAGAAUUACCGACGUUGCCGUGGGGUGCGGAUACCUGUGGAUGGUUGUUAAAUAGCGGACUGAAGGAAAAAAAAAAUCGAACAUUAACUAAAAAAGAACGCAAAGGUGAUAUGAAUACAAAUGAUAAACAAAAUUUAAAAUUACUUCUAACAGUUACACAAACGAAAAAUUCUAAAAUAAAUAAUACAAGAUCCGAUGAUUAUUUCGAAGAACGUGAAAUAUAUGAAAAACUUUGUCGACAAAAUGGAACACAAUUAAUAUAUUUCAAAAUAGUCUUUCUAGAAUUUAACUUUAUCUAG